GCACUUGCCACCAAGUCCCCGCCGCCCACGCGCCGGUGCAGCCGCCAGCCCCGCCAUGCCCGCCGACCUCAGCGGCACCUGGAACCUGGUCAGCAGCGACAACUUCGAGGGCUACAUGCUGGCCCUAGGUAUUGACUUUGCCACUCGUAAGAUAGCCAAGCUGCUGAAGCCACAGAAAGUGAUUGAGCAAAAUGGGGAUUCUUUUACCAUCCACACCAACAGCAGCCUAAGGAACUACCUCGUUAAAUUUAAAGUUGGAGAAGAAUUCGAUGAGGAUAACAAAGGCCUGGAUAACAGAAAAUGCAAGAGCUUGGUCACCUGGGACAAUGACAGACUCACCUGUGUGCAGAAGGGGGAAAAGAAGAACAGAGGCUGGACCCACUGGAUUGAAGGGGAUGAACUCCACCUGGAGAUGUUCUGUGAAGGCCAAGUGUGCAAACAGACAUUCCAGAGAGCUUGAUCUGUAGCCAACCAUAGGGUCCACGUGUGGCUACAGUUUAAUUUGGAGUUAUAUUCCAAAUGAACAGAUGCGGAUUCGUCCUGGUUUGCUGAUGGGG